AUGGAAUCAUCGCAGAUUUGGUAUCGCAUCAUACCGCAAAUUUUGCUCGUUCUACUUCUCACAACACAUUUGGUCAUCGGCGCUCUCAUUUUUCGCUACAUCGAUCCCGAUCUAGCGGCUCUACCAUUCACUGAAGUCGUGUUUUUCGAAUUUAUCACAAUUUCGACAAUCGGCUAUGGAAACGUGAGUCCGAAAACCGACGCGGCGAAAUUGUUCACGAUUUUCUUCGCGAUCAUCGGAAUUCCGCUAUUGCUAGUGACAUUGGCGAAUUUCGGCAAAUACAUGACGAAAUCCUAUUGGAAGUUGAACUCGUUUUUGGGAUCGAAAAGCGCCAAGACAAAAUUGGCAAGUGACGCCGACAUGCCAUUAAUCGCCAUCUUCUCGCUGUUCUUUUUCACCUAUCUAUUCGGGACCAUCACAAUCAAGCACAACGGCAAACCCUAUUCGCUCGAUGAUGUCUAUUUUAGCUUCAUCAGCUUCGCCACCGUCGGCUUCGGCGACAAGGUCCCAUAUACGGCAACAAUUCCAAAUUUCGUUCUCGUCCUUCUCUACCUGAUGUACGGCAUAAUGCUGACGACGAUUCUCUUCAACGUCUCCAACAAUUAUUUGAAUUCGGUCUAUCAUCUCGGCCGUCGAUUCAAAGGCAAUCGCGACGUCGAGGUGACGAUCGGCGGCCAAUGCAUUACGGUGUCGGAGAUCACCUCGCGUGUCGCCAAACAAUUUCACGCGUCGCCGAAAGAAGUGCGAGCGAUAUUGCGCGAGCUCGACGGGCUCAUCGAUCAUCCGAUUGGCGGCAAUCGAGGAGAGCAGUUGAUUUUGUAG